GGAAGGAAUAAAGUGUUAGUGGGCGGGGUUCGCAAGAGGCGCCGGGAGUUUCACUGCAUGAUUGUGGUUCUGGUGGAGAGCAAGGCAUUUAGUCUUGGUGUGAUCAUCCAACCUCUGCAUCAUCAUGUCCUCAGAGAGCAACUUGGACGAUGGUGACACCUUUAAGAUCCUGAUUGCUACCGAUAUCCAUCUCGGUUACCUUGAGAAAGACGCUGUCCGCGGCCGUGACUCCUACAACACAUUUGAUGAGAUCUUAAAAUGUGCCCAGACAAAUCAGGUGGAUUUCAUCCUGCUGGGCGGGGAUUUGUUCCAUGACAACAAACCGACUCGCCGCUGCCUGCACACCUGCAUCACGAUGCUGAGGAAAUACUGCAUGGGAGACUCACCAAUACAAUUCAACAUACUCAGUGACCAGGCCGUUAACUUUAACACCACCCAGUUUCCGUGGGUUAAUUACCAGGAUGAGAACCUAAACAUCUCCAUCCCUGUGUUCAGCAUCCAUGGUAACCACGACGACCCAACCGGGGCUGAAGGUUUGUGUGCGCUGGAUCUGCUCAGUGCCUCUGGGCUGGUGAACCACUUUGGUCACUCCCAGUCUGUGGAGAAGAUAGAGAUCAGCCCCAUCCUGCUGCAGAAAGGCAACAGCAAGCUGGCCUUAUAUGGCCUUGGGUCCAUCCCGGAUGAGCGUCUGUACAGGAUGUUUGUCAACAACCAAGUGACCAUGCUCCGCCCAAAAGAAGACCAAGAUGAGUGGUUUAACCUGUUUGCCAUUCAUCAGAACAGGAGUAAGCACGGCCCCACAAACUACAUUCCCGAACAGUUCUUGGAUGAAUUCCUCGACCUGGUGGUGUGGGGUCACGAGCACGAGUGCCUCAUUGCGCCGUCCAGAAAUGAGCAGCAACUCUUCUACGUGACGCAGCCCGGCAGCUCUGUAGCCACCUCGCUCUCUCCUGGGGAGGCUACUAAAAAGCACAUUGGGUUGCUAAGGGUGAAAGGUCGUAAAAUGAACCUGCAGAAGAUUCCCCUCAAGACGGUGCGUCAGUUCUUCAUCCAAGACGUGGUGCUUUCCGACUACCCGGAAUUGUUCACGGUGGAUACGUCCAAUGUCAAGAAGGUGGAGAACCUUUGCCACGCCAAGGUCAACGAGAUGCUACAGCAAGCCGAGAGGGAGCGACUGGGCUGUCCGCUCACCCCGGAGAAGCCGCUCAUUCGCCUCAGGGUGGACUACUCCUGCGGGUUCGAGACCUUCAACGUGUCUCGUUUCAGUCAGAAAUAUGUGGACCUCGUAGCCAACCCCAAAGACAUCAUUCACUUUCUCAGAGCCCGGGAGAAAAAGGAGAAAAUCAAAGAUGAAAGCUAUGUUGACUACAGCAAGGUGACAAAAACAUCUGCGCUGGAGGGCCUGAGAGUGGAGGACCUGGUCAAGCAGUACUUUGAAGUAGCAGAGCAGAAGAUGCAGCUCUCCCUCCUGACGGAGCAAGGCAUGGCCAAAGCCAUUCAGGAGUUUGUAGACAAAGACGAGAGAGACGCCAUCGAGGAGCUGAUCACCUACCAGCGGGAAAAGACGCAGCGCCACCUGCAGGGCCGAAAUGUCAUCACGGAGCAAGAAAUAGACGCGGAGGUCCGACAAAUCAGAGAGUCGAAGAGGAACACAAUGGAGGAAGAAAAUGAAAUCAAAGAGGCAAUCGACAGAGCCAAAGCUCACCGCAUGGAGCGAGGAGAGGACGCCGUGGACGUAAACAUGUCAGAUGAAAUGAGCGAUAUGGAACCCGAGCAAGAACCUACCCCCGCGAGAGGAAGGGGAAGAGGAGCCAGAGGGCGGGGCGCGCGAGGGCGGGGCAGAGGUGCUAAAGCUCCAGAACCCAAAGCUUCCGGACGCAGCACUUCCACGAAGGCCUCAGUCACAACACAAAGUGGAAGCAUCAUGCAAGCGUUUCAAGCUUCACCCCAGAGAGCUCGUCGGACCACAGCGACCACAUCCUAUGCAGCAGAUAAUCUCACCAUUGACGACUCUGAUGAAGACACGCCUGUAACCACAGCACCCAAAGCCAGACCAUCGUCAUCCUCGUCCUUCUUGCGGCACAGCUCCCAGAACCAGAGCCAGACAUCUAAAGGCGUGGCAUAUGAUGACAGCGAUGAUGAUGAUGAUAAUGCUACAGAGGGUGAUCCUUUUAAAGGCCCCGGCCGUCGUGCAAGUUGAUAACGUCCCUCAUAGAAGCUGUAUGUUCUUCCUUAUGUUGUUUCACACUAAAACAUAAUAACACAAUAAUACUUAGCAGGUUAUUUAGCUGCUUUUCUAUGCCACUGUAGCACAAAGUAGGAUCGUUUGAAGCUUUUAUCUCCGUCCGGUUUGAUGUGUGGAAGACAGGAGAGUCUCUAAUUAAAACGUUUCAUAUAAAAGUCUUCAUCGCCUUUGUUCCUUCAAAAGCGAAUAAAACGAGAUGCUUAAAGCAGCCGGUCAAAAGGUACGGGUAAGUGUGUGAAAACUCAUCCCGAUGUCAAAGGGUUCUUAUUCCAUUGCGUUAUCAGACCCAGAAGGAUGAAUGAUGGCUCUUUUUAUUGCUCAUAUUUUUCACUGUAUCAUCCGUCUUUUAUCCUUCCAUCAAUGGAAUACAACAAAGAAAUACUCCAUUUUGAGCACAUUUGUUGAAUUUCUUUGUGGUUUUCAUGAGGAAAAUGAAGCAUCUAGCUUGUCGUUGGGGGGACUUCAUUAUCUCUGCCAGCUUGUGGUCUCGUGACACAUGGUAAAAUACCGUUACCAAAAAAAGUUCUCACCGUAGUUUUCCGUUACAAUAUUUUCUUUCAUUUUAUUUUCAUUAUCUGUUCCGUUGUUGCUGCAAAUAAAAGCCAAGGUCAUCUCACACCACUUCCAUUUGUCGCCCCUCAGUA